AUGUCAGCCUCUUGCACAGACGCUGCAUGCACCUCCAACGCAGCAAUCACCAAAUGUACUAUCGCAGAAUCAGAGCAAUGUUAUCAAUACCUCAUACAAUACAGCAAAACGGUGAUGACACAGCACGGCUGCAGAUACUCCUCCUUCAAGCUCACUGCGCAUCGUAGCGGAGGCUCCAUAAAGUCCAGUUCAACGGGCGAUUCAACAACCGUAACCGUAACAAAGAACCCCUCAUCCACACUCACGUCAUCACAGUCUACCUCAGCAAAUACUGCUGCGAGACCCAGUAUCGAGAUUAUAGUCGGCUAUACGGUUGGCGCGUGCACUUUCUUUAGCAUCAUCGCGCUUCUUCUAUUUCUCGUCCAUCGUCGCCGUCGUUUCGUAAAAGAAAGCAAGAUACAAGCUGCGGCCAAGUCGACACAUUCCGACUCGUACUACCAUACGCAGGAUUUAAUGACCCUGUAUAAUCCGUUAGUCUCGCCUAGUGGGUGGUCAGAAGCGGAUGACAAGGCCUGGCAGCAGUGGAGUACUAUAGGCAUGAAUCCAGCGAAGACAUUUGCGCCUAUGUGUUCGGGGGUGAUGGAGGAUAGGAGUGGGGUUAUGGAAAUGGAUGGGACGAACACGCGGGCUGAGGCGCCAGGGUGA